GAGGAUUGAAGAAAAAGUUGAAAACAAAACCUAGAAUCAACAUAAAUCCACAUAAAAUUUUAUGUAUUUCAUCUUCAUAUAAAAGAUGUAAGCAAUUGUAAGUUCGGUAUUAGUUUAUUGACCGCUGCAGAGAAGAACUGACCAGCAUCACCUCACAUUCAUACACCAUGUUCAAAAUCAUUGCCCUGGUUGCCUGUCUUACCGUCGUGAAGGUGGCCGCCGAAGAUUACUUCACCUAUCCUAGGUACAAAUUCGAGUACGGAGUCAAGGAUGAACAUUCGCUGGAUCACAAAAGCCAUUGGGAAUACCGUAAUGGCGAUGUCGUGAAGGGGCAGUACACUAUGGACGAGGCUGAUGGAACCCAGCGGAUUGUUGAGUACAGCUCGGAUCACGAGACCGGAUUCCAGGCUCAUGUUAAGCGCAGCGGAUUUGCUCACCAUCCGUACGGCGAAAGCUACGUGAAUAUUGACCAGUACAAUUGAAAGGGGGGAUAGGGAAUGUCAGAAAUAG